GCACCUCCAUGCUGCAUGUUGGCUGGUUCUGAUUGGCUACCUGUUGGAUUUGGCAGAUGGUGCAGUUGCCAGGCAACUCGAUGCCUGCUCUGCACUGGGUGCAAAGCUAGAUGAAUUUGCAGACUUCACAAACUUCGGGAUUGCCACAUCAUUGCUCCUGAGGACACCUGACCUGCUGGAUAACAUCCUGAGCAUGUGUUAUGUCCUGACUGUGCUCAUCCGCCUCUGUUUCUUCUCAAGUGGGAUCCCAUUUAUGUACCGUGGCCUGCCCUGCACCUACUCCUCAUGCAUCCUGGCCAGUGCCUCUCUGCUGCCAGGGGGGACCGUGGCCAUGCUGCAGGUCAUUGCAGUGGCCAUGAUCCUCUUCAUGAUCAGUCAGACCUUCUACCCCCAUGACAGAGUGCUGGAAUCCCAGGCCUGGAAGAAAGUAGUCUAUGCUGGAGGUGCAAAGCUAGAUGAAUUUGCAGACUUCACAACCUUCGGGAUUGCCACAUCAUUGCUCCUGAGGACACCUGACCUGCUGGAUAACAUCCUGAGCAUGUGUUAUGUCCUGACUGUGCUCAUCCGCCUCUGUUUCUUCUCAAGUGGGAUCCCAUUUAUGUACCGUGGCCUGCCCUGCGCCUACUCCUCAUGCAUCCUGGCCAGUGCCUCUCUGCUGCCAGGGGGGACCGUGGCCAUGCUGCAGGUCAUUGCAGUGGCCAUGAUCCUCUUCAUGAUCAGUCAGACCUUCUACCCCCAUGACAGAGUGCUGGAAUCCCAGGCCUGGAAGAAAGUAGUCUAUGCUGGAG